AUGUUGGGGAUGAAGAAUCUUGCGGAGGUGAAAGAUAAAGUGUUGGACAAAUUAGCGGCUGCUGCGGUUCCAUCGGAAUCGCUGGAAAACACUAAACAGUUUUUGGAAGGUGUCAUUAAAGAUUUCGCCGGAGCGGCGCAUGGUAUGACUAAAGACGCGUUGCACCGGAUUAAAACCCAUCUCGCCGAUAUUCUUCCGUCUGUUUCUCCUGCCGUCACCGGAAAGAUAGUGGAUGAUGCGGAGAAGGAAGCCAUUAACGGAGAGGAAGAAGAUGAGAGAGAUUCAGAAGAAACCUCCGGAGACGAAGUCGCCGGAAAGUUGCCUUACGUGGCUCCGACGUCUUCAUUUUUCGGCUCUCUCGCCAAACCUUUCUCAAAGCUUUGA